CUCCACCUCCGACACCACAACGACCACCACCAUCACUUCCUCUUCUUGAUUGGAACUCCUGCCUCCUUGACUUUGCUACAGUCCCACGCCGUCGACGACAACCCCCACUCUCCGUUCUGCCUACAUGCGGCCCGUCCCCACCCCGACUCCCGCUGGUCUUUGCGCCAGACCAGACACCAGACGCCCAAUCCCUUCCUCCUCCCCUCGCACCUCCUGCCCAUCGCGGUGCACGCGCAGUCAUGGCUACCAAUGUGUCUCCAGCCAGUGGCGGGUCUCCUCCGCAGAGCGUGGAAUCUAUCACUCGCAAGGCUCAGGACUAUGAAUACAACCCCUCGAUCCCCCUGCGGUAUUGGCUGCGGACCGCCGCGACAAUGAUGAGAGAGGCUCGCAUCUACGAACGGGAGAAACACGACGAGCAGGCCUACCUCCUCUUGUUCCGACAUGCCCAGCUGGUGCUCGUCAACCUGGCCGAGCAUCCCGAGGCCAAGGAUGAGAAGAACCGGAAGGCCUUGGUGGAGGCCGAGAAGGAGGUCCAGCGGAACCUGCGCGUGUUGGAACGCCUGAAACCCCGAAUCAACAAACGCCAUGAGCGCUAUACCCAGCUGAUGCGUGAACGGCAAUCCCGCACCCCGCUUCCUGCCAGCAACAAUACCAGCCCAUUGACCCAGCUCCAGUCCCAGCCCCAGGACCCCGCGUUGGCAGGGGUCGCGGAGCCGCUGGAAGCAGGCGAGAACCGGGACCUGGCGGUCCAACUGGCGCGGACCGAGAUCAGUCGGAGAGCUACUGUCCGACAGGCCAUCCGGCAAGCCGGUAUCUCCCCCGAGGAGGAGCGGACUCGACGCACGGCUGGCAUGUGGGGAGACUGGGACCAUUCCCUGCGCAAAGAUGCCCCGGAGCCAGCCGAUGACUUGAGCCGGCGCAUACAGAAUGUGAGGGUCAACAUGGACGGUGCUCCGCAGGCGGAUCACCGGCCGCAAAUCGCCCCCAAGACUACCGUCCGGCCGUCCACCGCGACCUCUUCCCUCUCCGCGUACAAAUAUCCGACCGUUCCUCGCCAAAAUCCACUGGUGGCGGUUCCGUCCCUGGUCAGGACGGACCCUGGGGGCAAGAGGGUUCCACCUCCCAAGGCACCCGCGCCGCCUCCCAAGGAGAUCUCGCGCGGUUCCGGACUCGAUGGACCGUCGCCGCCCCCUCGUCCGGACAAGAUCUCGCCUGCAGCCCCCCCGGUGGAGACUCCCGCGCUUCCUGCGAAGGUCCAGCCCGCGACAGAUGGACCAGAUGCCCGUUCGGACCUGGACCCCUCCAGCUUCACCUUCAAACCAUCGGCCUAUCUGGAGAAUGGAACGCCCCUCCGGACGUUGUUCCUGCCGCCCGACCUCCGCAAACACUUCGUCUCGCUGGCGGCCCCGAAUACGCAGCGCAAUCUGGAGACUUGUGCCAUCCUGUGCGGAACGUUGAUCUCAAACGCCUUGUUUGUGUCGAGGCUUCUCAUCCCCGAGCAGACGGCCACGUCGGACACGUGUGAGACGGUCAAUGAAUCGGCCAUCUUUGACUAUUGUGACUCGGAGGACCUGAUGGUGCUCGGCUGGAUCCACACCCACCCGACGCAGACGUGCUUCAUGAGCUCGCGCGACCUGCACACCCACUGCGGAUACCAGGUGAUGCUCCCGGAGAGCAUUGCCAUUGUCUGCGCGCCGAGCAAGACCCCGGACUGGGGGAUAUUCCGGCUGACGGACCCGCCGGGGUUGAAGACGGUGCUGAACUGCACCCAGUCCGGACUGUUCCAUCCGCACGGGGAGGCGAACAUCUACACCGACGCCCUCCGCCCGGGCCACGUCUUUGAGGCCAAGGGGCUGGAGUUUGAGACGGUCGAUCUGCGGCCAAAGGGGUCUGGAUUGUAAAGAGAUGUGGCUAACGUGAUUAUAUCUGAGCGUUGAUAGCAUACGAUCCACGAGCUGAUGAGGAAUAAUAUGUGACAGGUAGACGCAGCUAGCACCCGAUUACGUAUGCCGUCGAUGGUCCACACUGCGUGAUGGCACUGCCCUAUCGGACACAUCGUUUCGGUGAUCUCCCUCAAGCACUUCUGCCAGAGGGCUUCACAUUCUCCUCGCCCCUGCGGGGCUUCCCCCUCUCACAUUCUGAUCGGGCAUCAUCGCGGGAGUUCUCUCCACCUUUUGUCCGACGACUCAGAGGCAUGGUUCUGCACAGGGUUCUACGGAGCGCCAUCCGCUCUCCAAGACGUGGGCCUCGAUGCCAAUGCCGGGUUGGCAACUUGGAUGUUGCGUGAGUGACCGGCUGCGAGAUCCGGCGUAUCUUAUGAGAAGAAUGGCAGACCCGAGCGAGAUUGCAGGGGAUGGUAUAUCUGGAAGUGUGG